UAGACAAGCCCUUUUGCGGUGAAGGGUUUCUCGCACGCAGAGCAACACUCUCGCAAAACUGAGCCUCCGUUCACUUUUCAGGCCCCCGUACACAAAGAGUGCAUAAAAGGGGGGAAUCAAGCAAACUCCCUUCUCUUUCUUCUGUUCAAUUCCAAUUCUAAUUCCAGUUCCACUUUCACUGCUAACAUCAGGUCAGGUAUGCCUCUUGGAUUGUUUUAGUACAGUUAAACGUUUUGCUUAUGGUAGAUAGCUGGUAGCAGCAUAUGUUACGUCAAACGAGUAAAAUUUUAGAUGGAUAUUGGAAUUAAAAUACAAGGAUAAUGGGAGGUUGCUGCUGUUGUUUCUCCAAUGGAGCUGAACUAAAUCGUGCACCGCCUUAUUAUUAUUACCCCAGGGCAUCAGAAGAGCGUGUCCCACUAUCAUCUCAUCAUGGUGCUGCGUCUACCCUCUCCACAGGACUCUUGGUUGACACAAACCUUGACACGUCAGUCCCUGAUGCUUAUACGCCACCUCCUCCACCUAUGCCAUUUGAUGUGGCUCUAGGACGUUCUCAAACUCCUCAACGAGCACAGGGAGCUUCCUGUGAUAAAGAUGUUGGAGCAGUGCAGACAACUUCUGAUUCUGUUCAAGAAACAACUGGCAUGGAUUCCAGAGGAACACCAGCCAAAUGCGAAGAUAUUAAGGUGUCAAGUGGUAAAGAACAUAUUAAUUUAGUACUUGAUUCAGCGAAGGAGCCAGAAAUUGAGCCCCCAAAUUCCGUUGAACCUGUUGUUUCAGCAACAGAGGAGGAUGUUUGUCCCAUCUGUCUGGAAGAGUAUGAUGCAGAGAAUCCAAAAAUUACCACAAAAUGUGAGCACCAUUUUCACCUUGCAUGCAUUCUUGAAUGGAUGGAAAGAAGUGAAACUUGUGCUGUUUGUGAUAAGGAGAUGAUAAUUGACCCUCCUAUUGAUUAGUAGUUAUGCAGAAAUUUGAACAAUGGUCAACUUUUUGCUGUUUGAAUUAAUUUUGGGAAGCGAAAUUUACAAAUGCAGAAGGGUUUUAUGUUCUUUUGCAUCCCCUGUUCAGUGGUACCACAGAUUUGGCUGCAGCUGUUCCUUUCACUUUUGAAGAGUCGGUGCCGCUACUUUGUCUUUGUGCUAGAAGUCAUUCAUACAUGUAAAAAAAAUCUUAAAUUCAGAGAAGAGAGAGAGAGAGAGAGAGAGAGGAAGAGGGAUUUGGGGAAGCAAAAAAUAAAUAAAAAAAGGACUAGAGUUGGAUGACUUCUAUAAUUCUUGAUCUCUGUUGAUGUCUGAAGCUCAUAUCGUAUUAGUGUAGCAAGACAAGCGUAAAUUUGCAUAAUGGAAGAUGCUAGUACUUGUCCAAGAUUUUGUUACUGUCCAAAGAGAGAAGUCAAUUGAUGGGCUUACCUUUCCUCUCCUUUCCCUACCCUCGUAUAGAUUUUAGGCAAUUUGAAAACUAGCAAGACUGUUGACAGAUGCUUUUUUGUUUUCUUCCAAAAAAGCACUUUGAAAUCUGUUGUGUAAAUUGCAUAUGGUGGUGGUUGAUGUCUGCAUUUUAUUUGUUUGUGAGAUUACUGGAUGAUGAAGGAUUUGAUUAGUGUAGGGAAAGUCGAGGGAAUAUCAAGCUGGUGGUCUUUGUUUUCAAGAUGAUUCAUGUAAAUAAUACAUGUGAUUUUUACAUGAAGGCUUGGUUUUUGGUUGCUUGUGCAUUAA